CGACCCACCGGACAGAGCCUCCCACAGUCCUACACCCAUCAUCAUCAAUAAACUACUCCUUUGAUGAUCUCCCCACGUUGGUACGUCCAGAAUACUCGCUCACCCGAACCCGCGGCGACUUCGCCGGUGACCUUCCCGAUGGCGCCCAUCUCCUGCCGCGAACUCUCCCCGCACCUCUCCUCUCUCCCCCGCGCCGCCGCCACCACCACCGCCCACACGCACCUCUCCUUCCGACGCGCUCCACCUCCGUGCCGCCUCCUCACCGGCACAGCCAGCGACGACGGCGACAGGCUGCGCCUCCUCCCCUCCGCGGCCACGAGGGACGAUGCGCUCGCCUCCCUCGUCGGCCAGCUCGAGCACGACGUCGUCGUUCGCCACGGACAAGCGGCGGAGGAGGAGGAGGAGGAGGAGGAGGAUGAGGAGCUGUAUCACCACGAUAGCCAGGACCUCGGGGCGGCGCGGAGGCGCCAUCACCGGCAGCACCACCAGGACGGGCACGAGCUGGCGGCGCGGUGGCGGGAGAUCCACGGGCGCGACGACUGGGCGGGGCUGCUCGACCCGAUGGACCCGCUGCUCCGCUCGGAGCUCAUCCGCUACGGCGAGUUCGCGCAGGCGUGCUACGACGCCUUCGACUACGACCCGUCCUCCCGCUACUGCGGCAGCUGCAAGUACCCGCGCCGCGCCUUCUUCGACCGCCUCGGCAUGCCCGCCGCCGCGCGGGGCUACACCGUGACCCGCUACCUCUACGCCACCUCCAACUUCCGCUUCCCAAACUUCUUCUCGCAGUCGCGCGCGGGUGCCAAGAUCUGGAGCCAGCGCGCCAACUGGAUCGGCUACGUCGCCGUCUCCACCGACGAGGAGACCGCGCGCCUGGGCCGGCGCGACAUCGCCAUCGCGUGGCGCGGCACGGUCACGCGCCUCGAGUGGGUCUCCGACCUCAUGGACUUCCUCCGCCCCGUCGCCGACGAGGGCAUCCCGUGCCCGGACCGGGAGGUGAAGGUGGAGUCCGGCUUCGUGGACCUCUACACCGACAAGGACCCCACCUGCCGCUUCUGCAAGUACUCCGCGCGCGAGCAGGUGCUCACGGAGGUCCGCCGCCUCGUCACCCGCUACGCCGCGCUCGGCGAGGACGUGAGCGUGACGGUGACGGGGCACAGCCUCGGCAGCGCGCUGGCGAUGAUCAGCGCGUACGACAUCGCGGAGUCGGGCGCCGCGAGCGCGGCGCACGGCGGCGGGAAGGAGGCGGCGGCGGCGGUGUGCGUGUACUCGUUCGCGGGGCCGAGGGUGGGGAACGCGAGGUUCAAGGAGAGGUUCGAGGGGGAGCUCGGGGUGAAGGCGCUGCGGGUGGUGAACGUGCACGACGGGGUGGCGCGGAUGCCGGGGAUCCUGCUGAACGAGGGGGCGCCGGCGGCGCUGCGGCGGGUGGCGGAGGGCAUCCUCCGGGUGCCGUGGUGCUACGCGCACGUCGGCGUGGAGCUCGCGCUCGACCACAAGCGGUCGCCGUUCCUCAAGGACACGCUCGACCCGGCCUGCUUCCACAACCUCGAGGCGCACCUCCACCUCCUCGACGGGUACCACGGGCGCGGGGAGCGGUUCGUGCUGGCGAGCGGGCGCGACCCGGCGCUGGUGAACAAGGCGUGCGACUUCCUCAAGGACCACCACUGCGUGCCCCCGUGCUGGCGCCAGGACGAGAACAAGGGCAUGGUCCGCGCCCCCGACGGCCGCUGGGUCCAGCCCGACCGCCACAGCUGGCACCUCGACGACCACGACGACCACCACGGUGAGGGGCAACACGGGCACGACGGCGCCGUCGACGGCGCGCACCACCGCCACAGCAGCCACAUCCGCCUCGUCCGGCGCCAGCCUAAUUAGCCGCAGCGCACGCGGCCCCGGCCCGUUGCCGGGCGGAAAAGCAGUCGCAGUCGCAGUCACAGCCACAGCCUCAGCGCGCGCGGGUGGGUGGGCGGGGAGAAUGGGGAGAUCUGGUUCGCGGAGAGUAUGCAAAGUGUAAAAACGUGCAUCGGUGUCGGCAUGUACAUGGAAGAACCUGUUCCUGUUGAUUCAUCGACCAAAACGCGUUGUGAACUUGCGAGAUGCGAUGCGAUGCUCCCUUAUCUCUGCGCAUUGUCCAAGGUCGUCCAGAUGCUUGUUCCGUGUCAUCUUUUCUUGUAUUAAAAUCAGAGAAGAGAAUAAGCUGAGGGUGCUUUGAGGAAUUGAACUUAGAAUUUUGACGGGAAGUGAAAGCCCAUGAACGUAUAAUUUAUCGAAUAUUAAUUAUUAUAAAUUUAAAAAUUAGGUUUAUUUAA